GAAGCGGCAACAAAUGGAUUUGAAAUUCAUGAAAAUGGCGGCAUUUCAAUUUCUCCCUCUCUCCCCUCUAUAUUUCACCAAUGGAUUCUCAGAUUCUCUCUUCUCCCUCGUUUGCCAUCGCCAAACUCAGCAACUUCCUUCUUCUCCCCAUCGCUCGGAAUCGGACUCUCCCCGUUUCCCAUGGAUGCGCCGGAGUAUCAGAAGCCCUCCGUACGAAAGUCGAAGAAGCGGGACGCGGAGGAGCAGUCUCUGCAACUGGCCACGGCUAACAAGAGAGCCGUCCUUGGCGACAUCACCAACUCGUUGAUCUUCCGUUCCAGUCAGUGCUCGGUUUCUGACCAAGAUAUGGCGGAGGAGAAACAGGGCCUGGAACUCCCCCAAGGAAGGGCUGUUGACUCGAAGAAGUCUGCUUCUUCUGCAUCUAGCCUCUAUAACCAUCUUCGUUCAAUGGAGAUGGAAUUACAACCAAAGAUACCGCCCAAUAAUAUCGAAAAGGCUCAAAACAGUGAUUCCAGUUUCACUUUCAACCGUAUGCGAGAAAUUCUUGUGGAUUGGUUAGUGGAGGUUGCUGAGGAAUACAAGCUUGUAUCGGACACCAUAUAUCUCACCAUUUCAUAUAUUGACAGAUACCUAUCCUCGCAUGCUGUUGACAGAAACAAGCUACAGCUUCUUGGCGUUUGUUGCAUGCUUAUUGCAUCAAAGUAUGAAGAAAUUAGUCCUCCACAUGUUGAAGAUUUCUGUUACAUAACAGAUAAUACAUAUAUCACAGAACAGGUACUGAGUAUGGAGAGAGAGGUACGCAAAUUCUUGUGCCAUGAAGGUGCCCCCACGAUAAAAAAUUUUCUCAGAAUAUUUACAAGAGUUGCUUUGGAAAAUUGGAAGGCUCCAGACAUGCAAUUUGAGUUCUUAAGUUGUUAUCUUGCGGAGCUAAGCUUGUUAGAUCACCGUUGCGCACAAUCCUUACCAUCAAUAGUCGCUGCAUCGGCUAUUUUCCUUUCUAGAUUAACUAUCCAACCAGAGAAACAUCCCUGGUGUUUAGCACUGCAACGUUACUCUGGUUACAAGCCAUCUGAAUUGAAGGACUGCAUUCUUGCCAUUCAUGACUUGCAGUUAAAUAGGAAAGGAAGCUCUUUACAAGCAAUAAGAACCAAGUACAAGCAACACAAGUUUAAGUGUGUGGCUGCAUUAUCUUCUCCCUCAGAAAUUCCGGCACAUUAUUUUGAGGACAUUGAUAAGCAAGCAUUCAACAGGUUCUUACAAGCUUAACUGUUCAAUGCUCUGAAGCUUAGACACUUUUUUUUCUUUUUUUAUUAUUUUUUUUUAUUAUUUUAGCAUGAUAUGCACAGUAACCAUGCACAAAUAAUGAGAAUUAAUUACUUGUUAAAUGAAAGAUAGCUUUUUUUCUUCCUCCAUUGUAGCCUUGUCUCUUCAUUGUUAGAAUAGAAUGCAAUUGAAUCAAAGGCUUUAACCUGUUUUUUUUGGUUGGUUCGUUUUUGUCAACACGUGUAGAGGUGAGAGUUUCGAAUCUCCGUGACUCACAUUUUUUUCCCUUUGUUUCUCCCAACGUAAUUAAGUGCCAUAAAAUUGUACAAA